AUGGAAGAGGAAAAGAAACCGACGGAGAAUACAGAAAGUUCAUCCUCAGACUAUUUUGAAAAGUCAAUUGCCGAACAUGAUCAAAAAACUUUCACGCAUUUUGACUACCCCUUCCAAGAGGAAGAGGACUCUGAUCGCUCAAAUAAAUUCAGUAAAUUAGGAAAACCAUUCAAAUUCAUAUUUCCGGAUAAAUAUCCACUCUCCUGGUUUGGUUUUCACCUAUUUCUUAUCGGAACUUUCUUUUUUUUCAAAUGUAAUGCUCCAGACAAAAAUAAUGUUAAUAUGGUUCUGGGAAGCGAACAUGCUCUUGGAGGCCUUGUUUCCAUGAUUUUUAUCUUCUCAGCUAACGCUCUAAUACACAUCGCAUUUAUGUUUAUCAGGUUCUUUUAUGUAGUUUUUAUCUUAUUUACCUCUAGUCAAUGCUUUUUUCAACUACUAGACUAUAUAACAUGCAUUUAUAACGAGUACAGAUAUUUGUUGGUUAAUUGUAUACUGGAUAGAGUAUGCUCAAGAAAUCCCUUAUCAUUUGCACUGUUGAACAUGCUCGAUCCAACUCUUUUCUACACUCUUUUCGCCUCAUUUCAGUCAAUGCUGUGGCAAGUUCUGAUAUUCAGAAACGAAAGUAAUGAUAGUCUUUACUAUAUUGACGUUUUUAAAAACACUGAAUUCGGAAACAUCUUUGUUUUUGACAAAUCAUCAAUGGUUUGGAUUUCUUACGGGGUUUACCUCUACGUCAUUCUUUCCAUAAGAUGUUUAUUGUUGUCUGUUAUUACCUUUUUGUUUGAGUUGGGCUUUUUAAUGAGUUCUAACGAUUCUAUGAAGAAGUAUUUGGACCUGUACACGAAGAUCAGGAGGUUCAAUAUACUCUGGAUAUCGUACUCACUAACAAAGCCAAACCUAAUUGAACUGAUAGAGUCGUUGAAUAAAUAUUCGAGGUUUGAGGAGGUGGGAAAACCCAAGAAAAGCAAACAUAACGAUAAAUUGGAAAAUGCUUUCAAGGAUCGCGCCCUUGAAGUUUUAAAGGAUCAUAACAUGACUUCUGGGCAUUUUCAAAAAACAGCCAGAUCACUAGAUUUGCCAACUCAUGUGACUGAAUCUCUGAUAAACAGUUCUACCAACUCAAGGUUAAAGAAUUGGAUGCUGGCUUACUACGUCACAAAAACCUCGCCCUGCAUUUCACUUCUCCACCAGGAUGUCGUUUUGAAGAACGAGAACAUGAUUAACAAGGUUUCUGAGGUUCUGUUUGACCAGAUUUAUGCAACCACAAACGACUACAAGGAUGAGGAUAAGAUGGACAGCGAGACCAUGGACAACAACUACACUGCAUUGGUGAACUCCGACUCCUGUCCUGCCAGGGAAGAUCCAAAGAAAAAGGUUGACAUUAACAUAACCAACAUUGAGGAGUUGCCAGUCGCCAUUAUAAACACAGCCAUAGACCUCACUGCAAAUACUGCGAAGGACGUCAAGGACACAGCCAAGGAGUUGAUGGGAUUAAAGGAAGAAGCUCCUGGUUUAGAUCGGAAAGAACUCAAGGAAAGAAUAUCACAACAGAUCAAGCACAGGAAAUCUUCAACUGAGCCACAGGAACAGGAGUUGAGGCCUUCUGGAAGCGAGGUGAUAAACAUUGGAACGCCCAGUUCAAUGGUUGAACCGCGUAAGUCGAGGUCGAUUUUGUCCUCUAAAAUUUUUAAAAAUGAAUUUAAAAGCUCUAAAAAUAAGGGCCGAACCAUUAGUGUGGCCUCCCAAGGCAUUACUCAAAUUUAUGACUUGAGGAGUGUUCGUGAAACUCUUUUAAGUGAGGACCUGAACAUUCAAGACGUGAUAAACUUCAGAGGUCCUGAGAUUGUGGACCCUAAGUCCUCCUACGAUUACAUCAAAACACCCAUCAAGUACAGAUAUGACCGGAACGAUCUCUUCAUUAGCAGGGAAAGGCUAGCUCUUUUCAUUCCUGAGGAGGAUCUUGACAAGACUAUCAACCUUAUAGAUAUUUCAGGCCAUGGUAGGAUCAACUUUAACAUAAUCAAACAAGCUCUCACUAACUUGUUCUCCUCAAGGAAAAAAUUCAAACGAAACCUCAAAGGACAACAAAGUGUAUUUAGAGUUGUAAAACGUUUAAUAUCGGCAGUUUCAUGGAUAAUAUCGUUUGUGAUUUUAUCUUUUAUGGCUGGAGUGAAGGUCGAGGCGAUCGUGGUUUCUGGCGCUGCUUUCCUGUCAGCUCUGACUGUGGCUCUGAGCUACAUGUACACGAACUUUAUAACUUCGGUCAUUUUCGUGGCCUUUUCAAACCCUUACAACGUUGGAGAUAGGGUCAGACUGGACAAUGGAGAACCACUGAUUGUUAAGAAAAUCAGGACGUACACGACUGAAUUUGUUUCUAUUCACGGGAAGAUUUUAAUUUACCAAAACUCGCUCCUCUCCACCAUGAAAAUAACAAACGAGAGCAGGUCUGAGACUGCGACACUUGAAAUAGUGUUUAAAAUUGACGACAUGACCUCCGACGCGAAAAUUGAAAAGUUAAACAAGAUAAUCAACACUGCCAUAAACUGCAGACCAAACGACUUUGUGAAGGACAGUGCUGGUAUCUUCGGGUACCAUUUUUUCCCUGGUCACUGUUAUGAGGUUGCACUUUGGCUCACCUGUAUUGAGAGCUGGGGGAACUGGCAACGCGUAUAUCAGCUCAGGACUGAAGUUUUACAGUUAGUUGUUAGAGUUUGUAAGGAGCUUGGAAUUGGUUACACCCUUCCAACUCAGCCUCUACAUUUCAAAGAUUCGCUCGAAAUCGCCUCCCUCAAAUAG